UGAAGAAAAGUAUACGAUCCUUUGGGUACAAAGUUAGCAUUUUGAUAAUUAAUCACGAGAAGCCACCUUAAAGAAAGGAAUAAAAGAAUGCUAUACUUAAGAAGUAAACAUGAAAUUCCUCCCUUUGGAAUCAGUAAUAAACUAUCCACAAAAUCACAUAACAGUUUAAACCAUUUUACCUAGCUAGGACUCCAAAAAUGAAGACAUUCCAUGGAUCUUCCAACACAAAAUUCAGGUUCUUUCUGUUGCCAAGGUCUCUACAAUGCUUGUUCUUUCAAGGGUUGCUGUUUAUUUGCUUUCACUUUUCUACUAUUCAUAGUCAUAGCCAUUGCAAUUUCUGCUUUGGUUGUUAUCUUCAUUUUCAGGCCUCAAGAGCCAAGAUUCUCUCUUUCAACAAUAAGGGUGAAUUCAUUUAGGCUCAGUCUUUAUUCUAGUUCAACUCUUUUCAUUUCCUCUGUUGUCUCCCUGACCUUAAAUGCUCAAAACCACAACAAAGUAGGCAUCAAAUAUAUCCCUUCAAAGCUUAAUAUUUACAACCAUGGAAUUCCAAUAGGACUAAUCAGAGUUCCAGGCUUCUACCAACCAGCUCACAGUGACAACAUUAAAGUAACAACACAGAUUUCUCUGCAUUGUGUGAAUGUUUCCCAGAUCCUUAGUGAAAGUUUGUUGCAAGAUAAGGCAAGGAAGAAGGUUGUUCAAGUGAAAGCAAUAGGUGAUAUUAGAGUUCAGCUGUUCCUGUUUCGCCUAGCCUCGCCAAAGAUCAAGAUUGCAUUGGACUGUGACAUAGACUUGGACUAUGCAGAGCUUCUAUUCAAGAAUUAUGAACUCUUUAAUAAUAUGGAUGUAGUUCAACAUCAUCUUGCAACAUUUCCUGGCAAGUCUGCAUCCUUCUCCAAGAAGUGUACAUUAGCUUUGUAUUUAUAAAGAUGGUACAUUUCAGGCCUUCAUAAAUAGAUGGUGAUAAUUUUCAAAUCAUCAUAAUUUCGCAGUAGCAGGCAGAUUUAUUAUUAUUUUAUUUAUUUAACUACAAUUGAAGUUUAAAUUCAAAAUUUCAUAGUUUGAAAAAAUUUCAUAAUUUUGGUGAAAUAAGAAAACUUAUUUAUGUGCCUUGAUUUCCAAGCACAUACUUUGUUUCACUUCAAUCAUGUCAUUCUUGUUUCACUACAAGAGGAAGAGGAAAAGCAGAUAUAUGAAUGAGAAGCUCUCAUUUCAUUGAUGUGGAUAA